AAGCCUGUGACGCGGCCGCGGGCCCCCGGGCAGGGUAGUCUGUCGCGCGGCCGCUUUCCCCCCGGCUGGGCCCCCGCCGUCCCGCGUUCCACCGAGCGCCAGGCCCCCGGGGGGAGGGUGGGAGCAGGGCCGGUGGGCGCCAGCGGAGCACGGCGGGACCCACGGAGCCCCGCGACCCGCCGAGCCUGGAGCCGGGCCCGGCCGGGGAAGCCGGCUCCAGCCCGGAGCAAACUUUGUCGCCGGGCGGGGGGUGGCGGGGACCCCGUCCGGAGCCGGAGGAGGGGGCGGCCGGGGGCCCCCCCGCCCCUGCGCCCGCGUCUCCCGGCACCAUGCUGUCCAACUCGCAGGGCCAGACCCCGCCGGUGCUGUUCCCCACGCCGCCGCCGCCGCCGCCGCAGCCCCCCGCCCCGUCCCAGCUGCCGCCGCAGCCGCAGCCCCCGCAGCAGUUUCCCCAGUUCCACGUCAAGUCGAGCCUGCAGAUCAAGAAGAACGCCAUCAUCGACGACUACAAGGUCACCACGCAGGUCCUGGGGCUGGGCAUCAACGGCAAAGUUUUGCAGAUCUUCAACAAGAGGACGCAGGAGAAAUUCGCCCUGAAAAUGCUGCAGGACUGCCCCAAGGCCCGGCGCGAGGUGGAGCUGCACUGGCGGGCCUCCCAGUGCCCACACAUCGUGCGCAUCGUGGACGUCUAUGAGAACCUGUACGCGGGGAGGAAGUGCCUGCUCAUCGUCAUGGAGUGCUUGGAUGGUGGAGAACUCUUCAGCCGAAUCCAGGACCGAGGAGACCAGGCGUUCACAGAAAGAGAAGCUUCAGAAAUCAUGAAGAGCAUCGGUGAGGCCAUUCAGUAUUUGCACUCAAUCAACAUCGCUCAUCGGGAUGUCAAGCCCGAGAACCUCUUAUACACCUCCAAAAGGCCCAACGCCAUCCUGAAACUCACCGAUUUUGGCUUUGCCAAGGAAACCACCAGCCACAACUCGUUGACCACUCCUUGUUAUACGCCUUACUAUGUGGCUCCAGAAGUGCUGGGCCCAGAGAAGUACGACAAGUCCUGUGAUAUGUGGUCCUUGGGUGUCAUCAUGUACAUCCUGCUGUGUGGGUACCCGCCCUUUUAUUCCAACCAUGGCCUUGCCAUCUCUCCGGGCAUGAAGACUCGCAUCCGAAUGGGCCAGUAUGAGUUUCCCAACCCAGAGUGGUCAGAAGUAUCAGAGGAAGUGAAGAUGCUCAUCCGGAACCUGCUGAAAACAGAGCCCACUCAGAGAAUGACCAUCACGGAGUUCAUGAACCACCCCUGGAUCAUGCAAUCAACAAAGGUCCCUCAAACCCCACUGCACACCAGCCGGGUCCUGAAGGAGGACAAGGAGCGGUGGGAGGAUGUCAAGGAGGAGAUGACCAGUGCCUUGGCCACAAUGCGUGUCGACUACGAGCAGAUCAAGAUAAAAAAGAUAGAAGAUGCCUCCAACCCUCUGCUUCUGAAGAGGCGCAAGAAGGCUCGGGCCCUGGAGGCGGCGGCCCUCGCUCACUGACCACUCAGCUGGCCUUCUCCGCCGGAGGACAAGCAAUAACUCGACCUGAAUCUGUUUUUUAAAUGAAGACACAGGCUGCCCACUGCUGCCUCCCUCUUCCUCGGCUCGCGGAGCAGGGGUCCCGGGAGAGGCUGACUCCUGCCUUCGGCUCUGGCCGCCGGAGGGAGGGCCGGGGUCUGGAGGGUGUGCAGAGGAGGGAGCAGAUGCUCUUGAACCUGUGCUCAGUCUGCAGUUUGAUCAUGAUUUGACUUAGGAUUUUUAUGAAACUUCUUUUAUUGUCCUUUCCUCCUCCCCCCUCCCCCCAAGCCCCUUCCUCUUGUUAAAGGGUAUUUGUGGAAACUGUUGUAGGGAGUGUCCCUGUGUCGUCCCGUCUGCCCCGUUUCCCCACUACAGCCUCAGCUCCCCGCUGGCCGAGGCACCUGGCGCUCAAGGCCAUGGAGGUCUGGGGCCAGGAUGCCACCACCUCCUACUGGAUCCCUCGACAUCACCAGUGUGCCAGACGGAUAGGAGUGAGUGACUGUGUGUGUGUGUGUGUGUGUGUACACGCGCCCGUGCAUGUGUGCCUAGGACUGCGCAUUUGUGGGGCCAGGGACAGGCCGGGCUGCAUAAGGAGGGCCCUGCUGUGGCUCAGGAACCUUCUCCCUCCUUGGCCUGUCCCGCCCCGCCUGUGGUGAGCCUGCCACGGUGCCUGGAAGCCUGUCCAGACUAGGAGCCUGGCCUGCGUGCCUGUCUCUUGUUAACUGGUCCGGGAGGUGGAGAGGAGUGACUUAGCACUGGCCCAAAUCAGGAAGACUGGACCCCCCCCCCCCACUCCCCUCUUAGUGCUGGUCCUAGUCCUCUGAGGCGCUCAUCUACCGAGUAACCUCUGCUUCCCCUUCCUGCCUUUGUUCACCCAUUUCUUAUUUGUCUUACAUUUUUAGCCAUUUCUCCGCAGGCCUCCUCUCAGCUCACCGGGGUGAACCUGGGCACUUUACACGGGACACAGCUUCUGCGCUUUGCCCUGGGCCCUGGUGUUGGGCAAAGGCAGCACCACCCUUGUGGCCUCCCACACAUUUCCAUUGUGUGGCCUAGUGGGUGGGGGGUCUUCACACCAAAGAUGCCCCGACUCUGCCCCGACCCAUUAGCCACUCCCCCCACCCCAAGCAGCUUGGCUUCAUGUGUCCAGGCCAGUGAGGAGCGAGGAGCAGCGUGGGGAGAGGUCCCUUGGGGUGGGGUGGGGUGGCUGUAAUACUUCAGUUUUCAUCUCCCUCAGGGCAGGGGGGGCACUCAGGUCUUCUCUGCCCUGGGGAGGGCUCCAGUGCCUGCAGCGCCUCCGUGUCUGAUGGUGUGUCCAGCACUUAGAUUGUUGUAAAUUGUUGUUUUGUAUGAGCGAAACUGUCUUUACUAAACAGAUUUAAUAGUUGAAA